CCCUUUAAACCCUAAACCAGUGCCCCUAUAAAUACUGAAAAACUAGGUUUUGCUCAUUUCCACUGUCGUCCCAGAGAGAGAGCGAGACACAUCUAAGCGCAGCCGCUCCCUCUAGGGUUUAGCUUCACUCUUCCUCUCGGACCAAAUCGUAGCCAUGGCCGAAGUGAUGGCGCCUCCUCUUCCGACUGAACCGGCGGCUGCCGUCGUUCUGGAACCCCUACAGCCUCACAACGAUGUCAAGCUCUUCAACCGCUGGAGCUUUGAAGAUAUUUCGAUGACAGACAUUUCACUAGCUGAUUACAUCGGAGUUGUACCUGCCAAGCACGCUACCUAUGUUCCUCACACUGCUGGAAGAUACUCAGCAAAGCGUUUCAGGAAAGCUCAGUGUCCAAUAGUGGAGAGGCUUACUAAUUCUCUGAUGAUGCACGGGAGAAACAACGGAAAGAAACUUAUGGCUGUCAGGAUUAUUAAACAUGCGAUGGAAAUCAUUCACUUGCUAACUGAUCAGAAUCCCAUUCAAGUUAUUGUUGAUGCUGUGAUCAACAGUGGUCCUCGUGAAGAUGCCACCCGUAUUGGCUCUGCUGGAGUUGUUAGGCGACAGGCUGUUGAUAUUUCCCCACUGCGUCGAGUGAAUCAGGCAAUCUAUCUUCUUACUACUGGUGCACGUGAAUCUGCAUUCAGAAACAUUAAGACAAUUGCCGAAUGCUUGGCCGAUGAACUUAUUAACGCUGCAAAGGGUUCCUCCAACAGCUAUGCCAUAAAGAAGAAGGAUGAGAUUGAGAGGGUUGCCAAGGCUAAUCGUUGAGGGACUGGAACAGAAAUCUCAAUGACUCAGAGAAAGAGUUUUGUUCGUUUCUUUUUUGUACUAUUGAACAUGGUAGUUGGGGAGGUUUUUUUGGUUGGUGAGAUUUACUUCAAUUUAGUUCGAGGUGAAUAUCUAUAUUCAUGAAUAUUGAGGAUGCAUUCAAGACGGCAUCUGCUUUCAAAAGCUUUAUGCUUCAUAGGCUCGUUAUGGAUGUUAUUCAAUUUUAACGAUUUUAGUGCAUUUGGUUUCACAGCACAUUAUCUGUUUUCGUA